UCACGUGUGCGUCCCACCGUUCGUCACCGAUCGUCGAGUCAAUUCCCGACGUUAUCGUCUUCAGUUUACCGGACCACGUCCACCGACAUCGUGCCGUCGGCUUUGUCGGAACUGACAUUUAAAUCGCACCCGACGUCGAAUUUCCCGUACUCGCCAUGUUGAUUCCGUCGCAGCCGAUCAAGUUCCUCUUGGAGAUGAUGAUCUUCUCGUUGUUGUUGGUUCCCGGUAUCAUGUGGGCCGGUUUAAGAAACGUACUGCCAUCCAAACGGAAAUCCGUUCGAGGACAAGUCGUGCUGAUCACUGGCGCGGCUCGAGGAAUAGGUCGUGAACUUGCGUUUAGAUUCAGCAAGCUGGGUGCAAAAAUUGCAUGCCUGGACGUCGAUGAAAUCGGAAACAGAGAGACAGCAACAAUUAUUAAACAAAACGGUGAAACAGCGGCCGAUUAUAAAUGCGACGUGUCUAAAAAGGAUCAGGUGAAGAAUGUGCACAAAAAAGUGGUACAGGACUUGGGUCCAGUAGAUAUUUUGAUUAAUAAUGCCGCUAUCGUGUGGGGUUACUCGUACAUUAAUCCCUUUGCGGAUCAGUUCAUAGAGGACCUAAUCAACGUGAACAUCGUAGGACAGAUUUGGAUGAAUAGAGAAAUAUUGCCAUCCAUGUUGGAGAGAAACAGUGGGCACAUCGUGGCAGUAUCUUCGAUGUCUUCCAUGUCCGGAGUACCCGGCCUUUCCUCGUACACACUUUCCAAAUGGGGCACCAACGGUAUGAUGGAAUGCUUGGAAAACGAGAUGAGGAUUUUAAAUUCAAACGUUAAAACGACGACUAUACUGCCGUACUUCGUGAAAACCAACCCCAAAGUCACAGCAAAAUUAGACCUCAGAAUACCGGAAAUACCUACGGAAGUGGCUGUCGAAGGAAUGAUUAAAGGAAUACUGGAAGAACGACGAGUGUUUUCGAUUCCCGGAGAGAUAUUGCCGAUAUCUUCGUUUGUUAGAUUGUUACCUGAUAAUUUACAAAAUUUAUUCUAUAAAAUAGCAUAUGUAAGGCUUAUACCGGAUGAAAGCGAUGAAGUAAUUGUCAAGAAAUAUACUCGUAAAUGAAUUUACGAACCACUUUUUAAGCAAGUAUGUGACUUCCAAACGAGUUCUGUAUAAUUAUUUAUUAUAUUUUAAUUAUUUAUUAUUUAUUUAAUCGUGAAAAUCACCUAUAAACAUGUUAUACAUUGAACGUUAAUUGUUAAUAAUUUUCAUUAUUGGAUGUUUAAAGAUAACAUAUUAUUGGGUACAUAUAUCUUAUAGAUAUUAUAUUUUAUUUUUUUAUUUGAACAGUUUGUGAA